GGGGGCGGGGCAGGGGCGGGAAUCCUCGGCCUCGGUGGCGGUCGUGGACACGUCGAGCCGGACAGAAGGUGGAAGGGGCUUCUGAAGAGUCUUGAGGGGCUGACGGGUUAAGAUUCUGAGAGGGAGGCGCCAGUGGCUGGACUCGACUUGAGAAGAAUCUUCUGUUGACUCUCAACUUCCCCUGGAAAAAUGGAUCAUUCUCACCAUCACCCAACCACUUCAGCCUCACACUCCCAUGGUGGAGGAGACAGCAACAUGACGAUGAUGAUGCCUAUGACGUUCUACUUUGGCUUUAAGAAUGUGGAAUUGUUGUUUUCCGGUUUGGUGAUCAAUACAGCUGGAGAAAUGGCUGGAGCUUUUGUUGCAGUGUUUUUACUAGCAAUGUUCUAUGAAGGACUCAAGAUAGCCCGAGAGAGCCUGCUGCGUAAGUCACAAGUCAGCAUUCGCUACAAUUCCAUGCCUGUCCCAGGACCAAAUGGAACCAUCCUCAUGGAGACACACAAAACCGUUGGGCAGCAGAUGCUGAGCUUUCCUCAUCUCCUGCAGACAGUGCUGCAUAUCAUCCAGGUGGUCAUCAGCUACUUCCUCAUGCUCAUCUUCAUGACCUACAACGGGUACCUCUGCAUUGCUGUAGCAGCAGGGGCCGGUACAGGAUACUUCCUCUUCAGCUGGAAGAAGGCAGUGGUAGUGGACAUCACAGAGCAUUGUCAUUGAUGUCAAACUCCAAGGUGUGGCCUUAUUGAUUGCGGUGGGAAGCAGUUUGAGACUUGGAAGACAUAAUUCCUGCUCCAAUCAUCCCUUCUUGCUCUUGUACACACACACACAUGCACACACACACGCACACCCCUACCCUCUGCUCAACAGAGGUUUAGUUUAGUCUCUGAGCUAAAGUGGUAACCUCCCAAACUGUGUUUUCUAAUAAGCUAAGAGUCCCGUUUCUCUUAAGGAGAAGCCACCUAUGAGGUGUCAUUUCCUUCCCCAUCACCUCAGAUACAAAUUAUAUAUUCUUCUCUAAUCCAGGUAGCUUUUUAUUCAGUGACUUGAUCCACCUUCCUUUUUUUAAGCAGAGAUUAAGUGAAUUUGGUGGUUUUUUUCUGGGUCAGUAAUGGAAAGGGAUUGAUGGCAGCUGAGGAAAUCUCUUACCCAAUUAAACCCAGAGUUCAAAGUUAACACUAAAAAUAAGGUACAGUGUUUGGAUUCAAUGAGUGGGAAAUACAUUGUGCUUUUCUCCAGGGGUGAUGUGUUGUAUCAGAAAUCUUUGUUGUGUGCAGAGGGGUGGUUGAGACUAAAUACAGGCCUAGAGCUUGCAGAGUGUGUAUUCUUGGAUGGCUACUCAUCAAAUUGUGUUACCAUGUCACAUUUUGAUUAGAAUGAACUUGCCAAUCAAAAAAAAUGACAAUCAAUUUGAGAAAAUAGAAAUAGAUAUUUUUAAAUAAAAGCUUUGACGUUUUACUUUGACUUGGUACAUUGGUUUGUCCCAGCUGAAUGAAGCAAAAGAGUUUGAAUUAUUUUUCCCAUUAUUGUUUUCAUAUGUCUGCCUCAAAUUCAGUAAUAUUCAAACUUUAGCAUGCACUAGAAUUACCCGGAAGGCUUGUUAAAACACUCGUUGCUCUGUACCUCAACUCCCUAGCCCAAAAUUGGCAUUUCUGAGUUUCCAGGUGAUGCUCCUGCUGAUGGCCAGAGGACUACACUUUGAGAAUCUCUGCUUUAAACUAAGGAAGUAUCAGCUGGUGGGGCGGGCUACCUGGUAUUGGACGUGGAAAUUUGAAUUGCUGAUUGGUAGAUAGUAGUCUGGGCUUAACUCGUGUAGUAAAUGCUGCUGAUCAGUACUUAAUCAUUCCACACUUAUUUGACUCCAACUAUAUGUAUGCAUACAGGACUAUAGCCAAACUAUUUUUACUAGCCUUUAUGAGAUCACUAGUCCUUAUUUUUAAAUAUCAGUGGUUUCUUGGAAGUAGUUUGAAUGUUGAGAGACCUUUGAUCUGCAGUGUAAGUCCAUCAGUCAUGGGCCAAAAGGGUAAAAGCCCAGCCUUCUCUUUGGAGAGACUUAGGGUAUGAUUUACUGAUGGACAGAUUUUCCUCAGCCCCCAACUUCAAUGUUCAUACCAGGCAGACACUCAUCCUCCACGUUUUUGUUACUCUUUGGAGUUUAAUUAGCUCACAAGUGGCCAAAACCUCUUCUCAAUGAAGAAUCACAUUGGAUUUUUAUUCUGUUCAUUGUUAGUCUAUACUACAGUCUUGUUUCCAGUUCAAACUACCUCUCUAAAGUGAUUCUUCCUGUGCUGGUCUGUAAAUCCCACCCUCCUUGGUGCUAGACCCAAUUGUGCCUCAGGGCAGAAGAGAUAAAACAUAGCUACCCUGUUGGCCUGUGUUGUGGUUUUGAAGUUUGUAAUCUCUCUGUGGGUGCCAGUUAAAUAUUGGAGAGCAAGGAAUGUAUGCUUAUGUGGCUUUGAACCAAGAAGGUUAUGCGCCUACUGGAUCGAGGUGAAAAUACAAGAACCAUCAUUUAGAGCUUCAUGCUUUUUUCUCAUUUCAUCCUCCUGUAAUAAUGAUACUUAGCAUGAGCAGAGUGAAUGACAGGUACAAAUUCCAACAUUAAGGUAUAAAUAGCCUGUUGUCUUAGAAGCCAAGGAGUAAUAAAAACCAUGAGAAAUAAAUAAAAGACAGUGUUUAGUAGUGACUGGUGCUCUCUAGAAACCUCAGCAUGAACUGCUAAUAGAACACUCUUCUAGGAACAGGACCCUAUCAGUAAGGUGAAAUCACAAAAAAUCAAGGACAGUUAAGACAAAGUGCUAUGAAUUCGAAAUUCACAAAGAGAAAUAUCAGUUUGGAAUAGGACUUCAAGUAUUUAGGAUAACCUUCUGAAAAACCUGAACUUCAGAGAUUCUUAUACUAGGUGCCAAAGGAUGAAGCUAGUGAAGGAGAAAAAGUUCAAGCUUGAAUUCCAUCUUUGUUGAGCUCUUGGAUUGUGAUAAUAUAAUGGUCUUACUGACUUUCAUUUAUAUAUCCCUGUUCAUUUGGAAUUUAAUGCCUAACUUCAUUGUUCUUUUGGGUCUAAACUUCUCUUUUCUUCCUUCCCUGAUUACAUCUAUUAGAAGACUGUAUCUGUAUUUCUUUGGUUCUUUCUCCUUUCUUUCAGUCUUUUAUCUCAUAUGUGUAGUUUGUUAAAUCUUCAUAACCCUCGUGAUACAGUGGACAUUGCUAUGCUGUAUAAAUACCAACUAGAAGUUGGUAUUUAUAAACCUGUUAGAAAACCUUAAGCAUGCUUCAAGAAGCAGUUUCCUCCCUGGAAUUUCUAUAAGACUGGGUAACGAGAUACCUAGUACUCUCCCCAAUUACAGAAUCUUAGGUGCUGUCUCCUGUCUGUGAUGGGAGGAACACCCAGCAGCCCCAUUACCCAGAAACAAUCCUCACUGUGUCCAAUAGGGGAUUCAAAAUCAAAGUUUCUUUAAUACUUCUAUGGUAUGGUUGUCUGGAAUUCCCUCUCAGGCUGUGGGUACUUGUCUUGGGUUUUAGCCACAAGGGGUUCCUUACAAGGAGCUGGGGAGGAAAGGCAGGGGGCACACUUUCUGUCAUUUAAUUUUUAUCCUACCCUCUCCAGCUGCUUUUUCAGAAGAUACAUCUAAAGAUACAAAGUUUGCAUUUGAUAUAAUGCCUUAAUCACUGGGUCUACAAUUAAUGAUGACUGUUUUAGAUUGUAAGCUCCUGGAGAGCAGUAUUGCUAUAGUAGGAAUGUUUUAACAGUGUCAUGUGAUAAAGAACAAAAUAAAUAUUUUGAUUUUGUGGUUCCAUGCAUGUCUUUC